GUUUCAAAGUUUUAACAUUUCAAAAAAGCCAAACGUCUUCUACCGAUCUCUAAGGAAGGAUCCCUUCUCAUCUGAAAAAUUCGGAUUCAUCCUUCAGGAAUGUCAAGAUUACAUUCUUAGAAAGUGGAGGAUGUUGAGGUUGCUCAAAGAAUUGGUUUCUGCUUAUUACUGCCGAGCUUUGUGUUGAGCAACUUUUAUCACAAUGGGAACCUUAUAUCGCAGUGGGGCUUUCAGAAGAUCGAACGAUAGAGGCAGACUUGUUAUAACAACAAUCAUGGGAAUGGUUUUUGGAUAUUUUAUUGGCAUUUCAUCUCCAUAUGUUUCUCUAACAAAGAUUACUUUACCUUCAAGUCUUAUGUCAUCUCUUGAUGUAGCCUUUGGUGAUGACCAUCGUAGACCUUCAAUUGAACGCUUUUUUCCAGAGAAUCUGGUAAAUCCAAAGAUAUAUGUUCCAACAAAUCCCCGUGGUGCAGAGUCAUUGCCACCAAGGAUCGUUGUGUCUGAAUCAGAUUUUUACUUGAGAAGGUUGUGGGGUGAACCAAGUAAGGACCUAACAAAUAAGCCAAAGUACUUGGUGACAUUUACUGUUGGUUUGAGUCAAAUGAACAACAUUGAUGCAGCUGUUACAAAGUUUUCAGAUGAUUUUCAAAUUUUGCUUUUCCAUUAUGAUGAUCGAACGAGUGAAUGGGAUCAAUUUGAGUGGUCCAAGCGAGCAAUUCACAUCAGCGUGAGGAAACAGACCAAAUGGUGGUAUGCAAAGAGAUUUUUACAUCCUGAUGUAGUAGCCGCCUAUGAUUACAUAUUUAUAUGGGAUGAAGACCUUGGAGUUGAGCACUUCAAUGCAGAGAAGUAUAUUAGACUAGUUAAAAAACACGGCCUCGAGAUUUCUCAGCCUGCUCUUGAACCCAACAGCGGAUUGACAUGGCAGAUGACUAAGAGGAGGGAUGAUAGAGAAGUUCACAAGAGUACAGAUGAGAAACCAGGCUGGUGCAGCAAUCAACGUUUGCCUCCUUGUGCAGCUUUUGUGGAAAUAAUGGCUCCUGUGUUCUCUCGAGAAGCAUGGCGAUGUGUUUGGCAUAUGAUUCAGAAUGAUUUGGUGCAUGGAUGGGGAUUGGAUUUCGCAUUGAGAAGAUGUGUAGAGCCUGCUCAUGUAAAAAUUGGUGUUGUUGAUUCACAGUGGAUUGUGCAUCAAUUUGUUCCUUCUCUAGGGAAUCAGGGUGAGUCUGAGAAUGGUAAAGCUCCUUGGGAAGGGGUAAGAGAAAGGUGUACAAAUGAGUGGGCUAUGUUCCAAGAUCGUUUAGCCAACGCAGAUGAAUCUUAUUUUGUCCAGCAUGGAAAGAGUAGACUAUAUAUCAUUUUGGAGGGGCUGCCAAACCAUUUCGGAAGUUGGCGUUUCAACAGUUAAUAGAAAUAUUGGCGGAUCUAGUUUGUAUACAUAUAUGUUUCUGGUGGUCCUCUGGGUGCAGAGGCGCGGUUGUUGCGGGGACUUUACGGUGAGCUGCACUUCCUUGUUACGAUCUGCAACAUACAGAGUCUCCAUCAGAGUUAUUUAUAUUCCCCGUCUAACUUGUAUUUCAGACGGAUGUUGUAAUAUUGUUGUACCCAUUAAUAGAUGCACAUGCACUUGUGACAUCGAGUUCUGGGGGUUCCUACUAGAUUUUUAGCAUGGUAGUUCACAUAAU